UCGAAUUCGACUACCCGUCGCAGCCUUAAUAUCAAAUACCUUAUAUUGUCUAUAAAUGUGGAAUAUCAUCAUCAUCAUCAUUAUUAUUAUCCAUUCUUCCAUGUUGGCCGGCUGCAGGUGUUUGUGUGCUGCAUCACGCCCCAAUACAUCAUGUCAGAGAACUGUAAUCGGGAGUUGAGCCUUGCCGAUCAGCUCAAGAAACCUAUCAUUCCCAUCAUCUUCAGGAAAGUCCCUUGGCCACCACCUGGCGGCAUGGCCCUCAUCGUGUCACAGCUCAUCUAUGUCACCUUUAUUGGGGUCGGAGGUCAUGGAGGGUCAGGGGUCAAGGCCGACAAGGAGAUGAAGAACCAGGAUGUGAUCCAUCAGAUCACUCGCUACGUCAAGCCCAUCCAGGUCAAACCGGCCGUCAAGAUCGAAGACUCGGCCGUCGAGAUCAUCACGACCAACAACUCCCAGUCAGCCGACUCCACGACCCCGCGGAGCAUGCAUAGCCCCAGCCGAGUGGAGUCCCUGCGCACCCAGAGCAGCCUCGGGAGAAACAGCACGGGUGGAGGAGGAGGGCAGAGACAAGCGCAACAGGUGGCGGUCACCAAGUGUGCCAUCUGUUCCAUUCUCUAAGGUAGGCCACCCAUGCAGGACUGGGAUUUGCAAUGGCUGAUGAAAUCAGUGUUUCUUCUUCUUCAAAAUGGCAACACUUGUAUCUCUCUAUUUGCCUUACUUUUCCUAUGAAAGUUCUGUAUCUAAGAAUAUUUUAAAAUGUCAUUGACGUUAAACUACAACUUUGCUGAUUCAUACUGAAAAACAAUGACUUUGAGCUUAUCAUCAUUUUGCUACUUUAAGAAGCUUAAUGCUUAUUUUACUUUUUUUAAAUUCUAGAGUCAAAUGCAAAAUGGUAAAGCAACAAAAGUCGACACAGUGUGUGAAGAAAUGUUUUGAUCUUUGAAUUGAUUUUUGUGUCAUUAUUGAAUGAGAUUCUCAAAUUUCCUGAACAUUCACUUUGUAAUUCUACAACAAGUGUACCUCCACUUAUGUGUUCAGUGUUCACUUUAAGCAAUAUAUAUUUUUGUUGUGGCCAAGUCAAUAUCCAUUGGAGAUCGGGAGAAAUUGUCAAGAAAAAAAAGAAGUCAUUUUCUGAAUUGGACCAAGAAUACUUAUUUGGUAUGCUUAUAUCAAAGUACAUUGUUCUUUAAAUGUAUACAUGUUAAGAUUUUUGAUGUGAAGCCUUUAGAUUGAUAAGAUUUAUAUUUCUGUAUGACUUCUAGGAAAUCAUGUGAUUAUAUGCUCAUUUAUUGUGUGAAAUUGUGAAUUGUAAAAUUGUAUCUAUAAGAGACUUCUAAUCAACUCGCCGUCCAAUGAAAUAGGCUAGUGACAAUUCUUUAAAUAGUCAUUUCACUUUCUGCUAUUUAUUAUCAUUGUUAUGUUUCUAAUGUACUGAAAUGCAGUGUGUAAAAUGGAAAUAAUAUUUUGAAGUGAUUUACAAAUGAUUGAAUGAGGAUUGUAUAUUUCAGAAAUGAUUGAAAUUUUUGUGCCUAUCUUGUGAUAAUUAGCAUACAUGUACGAUGUACUUAAGUUCCAGUGUGUUUUGAUGACAUGCACUUGCGCCUUUAACAGGGCUAAUACUAUUUGAGUGGAAUGUAGUCAUUUACUAGUCUUAUGGAAUUCUUUACUAGGCCAACUCAGAAUUAUGAAGAAAAAAAAGCAAUCAAUAAUGAAAUUGUUACAAUUGUGAUUUACACAUUUGUGAUAAAACGACUUUGAGGCUUAGUAAUGCAACUGUGAGGAUUAGGAAUGCAUUUGUGAGGAAUCUAGAUGGUUGCAUACGAGUAUAUCGUACCUGAUGUGUCGGCCAUCCUCAUGUAUGGUAGGCCUACUGCUAAAAAUACCUAGUUGUCUUUUAAUUAGCUCUUGGUUUUCCUCUAAGGGGCAUCCAAGCUUUUGCAGUGGGUGGAGGCAGGGGGAGGGGUCAGCUUUGAUUUGUUUUUUAUUUUGUGUGUGUGUGUGUGUGUGUUAAAUCUAUGUGUCAAGUGCAGAAUGGAGAAUAGUGUUAAGAAAACUGAGGAAAGCCUUAUUUUAAACUGUAGAUUGAAUAUAGAUUUCCAAUUAAUUGUUACAUGGUCAGUUUAGAAUUAUGAUACAAAAGUUGUGCAAUACCAUGAAAAUUCUACUCCUCUAUUUUAUAUGUUCAUGUUCUGUCAUAAUUCUCCCUACCGCAUAUAGCUUAGAACAUUUAAGCCACGUCUAUAGUAGAAUAAUAACUUUUCUUUGAUCGCAUUUUUUAAAAGACGUUGUGUAUGCGGCACUCUAAUUUUACUAGCGAAUUUAUCAGGCGUUUGCAGUCGCACAAACUUAUUUUCUGUCAAAACGGGGGACAAAGUAUUGGACUCACACUUAACUGUUAAUGAGACUAGAAAUGAAAUGUAGUUUUGCCUAAAUCUCUAAUGAUGUAAAUUUAUGAAAUAUGUGACCCUGCUGUAUAUCAUGGGAAAUUCUUGAACAUUCUUGACAAUAGAGCCCAAUCAUGGCUUGGGGAAAAGAAUCUACUUUUGCUAUUGCAGCAUGCCAAGUUUUCAUUUUUUGAGAGAAUUUCUCCAACCGCUGGCAUUUGCCAAUGCUGGUACAUUACUUUCAAUUAAUCAACAUACUUACCGUUACUGCUUGUGUAUUUUGCAAAAUUUGUAACUAUCGAACAAGAUUAAGAAUUACAGAUAAUAAAUUACUAGUAAAUCGAAGAAUAGCAGAAUACAUGUUUUAGGAUCACCGAAAGUUAGUGAGUCUACAAAAUUGUACUGAGAAUAAUUGUUCAGAGGCACAAUGCAUUAUGAGAAUGUACAUGUAUAUUGCUAUAUGCGGUAGUGAGAAUUGUUUUCCAGGGAUUGCAGCCUGAAAAACAAAUAUUUCUAUUUCAAGAUAUUUUUUGAUUUUCUUAUAUCCUUCCUUUUUUUUCACUGAAGCUCAAAAUUAACCUCUACUUUUGGUAUUCAAUGAGAACUAAAAUUUAACAAGAUUUAGCUGUUCUUUUGUAUUCACUUAUAUAUAUAUAUAUUUGCUGUUUGUGAUAUAUACAAAGUAAAAAUGCAUGCUGUAAUGUGGGGUGUGUGAGUUUGAUAACUAGUUUCUCUCUUAGGCAAUUUUCUAUUGGUAACAAGGAUUGUUUGACAACAUUUUCAAGCCUUGCAGACUAUACAAAUAAUGUAUGACAUUCUGUUUUAAAACCAUGAUAUCAAUCAUGCUCUGUAGUUAUACUAGAAAGAAAAUUGAUUUUCAAAUUCAUGGAUGAAGAAACUAUUGUCAAAUUGUCACUUUUUACUUAUGCAGAAUCGCCCUAACAUCUAUGUAAAGUCUAUCAUCUCUUUGUGCAAGAAGUGCCUAUCUGUUUCAUGUACAUAUUCAACCAAACUGAAGCUUUCAUAUUUUUGAAAAGAAAACUUUUAACUAUAUCAUGGAUUGAAGAUCCAUUGAUUAUAUUCUUUGCAGACUUUCUUUUCAUGUUUUAUACAUAAAAUAUGAUUGAACAUGUUUUAAAAAAUGUUUUUAAAAAUGCUUGUGUCACCUUGGUAAACAAGUACUGUAUGACCAAAUAUUUCUAGUGCUUUCACAGGAGCUACUUUAUUUGAUCCUAAUUCAUACUUCUACUAUUUUAAUAUACAAAAUCUUUAUUGCUACUGCUUGUACAAAUGCUAUGAGUGCAACUUUGACAAUUGCUAUGGAUACACCUAUGUACUCUAGUUGCAACCAUGACUAAGGUAGCUACUACAACUACUUAUUUCUACUUCUACCUUUAUGUUUACUACUUCUAUGACUAUUACUACUGUUAUUUCAAAAAUGCUAAUUUUACUUCUUCUACUACAGCUCACAACAACAAAUACUAUUUUUACAUCAAUUAGCAUCUACUGCCACUUUUGCUCCUGUUGCAUAUUUAUUAUUCAUGCUUGUUUAUUAUUUCUAUGCCAUAUAUAAACAUGUCAUCAUAUUUUUUUUUAAAGGUCACCCUUGCUACAGUCAUUGUAAUUGCCCUUUGGCAGUGAGAUGAAAUUGACAUACCUUGAUGGGAGUUUUCUCCUUUAAAAAAAAUGAUAACUGGGUAUUAAACAGUAUGCACGCAUAAGAAUAUAGUCUGUUUUUUUAAAAUCAUAUUUAUGGAGAAGUUCAUUAGAGCCUUGCAUGAUAUACAUGUACAUACUCAAACUAGUUGUAAAACCUUGUUCAUAUUUAAAAAUGGAGAAUAUGUAUUAUCUGCCAUAUUACCUGAGUUUAGUCCAUUCCUGGUUGUGAAAGUUAGGGGCCAUUACUAUUUAUAUCUACUUUCUUGUGAUUACAGUACUCAAUCACAGAUCAUUAUUUUUCCCUGCUCUUUGUUCCUCUACCUUCUGUCUAUAUUGUCAGAUUUUGGCUUUCUGUCCCGCAUUUUUCCAACUAACUCCGUUAAGUGCAAGAUGAAAUUAGCUGCAGUAUGUCUGUAUUCAUUGCCAUUUUAAUUAAAAUCAAUGUUAUUUCUAUUUUGUCAUCAAUCAUGACCUUCUUUUAACCUUCCCUUUUAAUUGAUUCAGUGAUUCAAGUUCAGAUAUGGAUGGAUGUACUUUCCCAUUAUCAGCCUGAUAUGGCUUGCCUUUUGACUAUUUACCUUACUAGAGUUCGGCCAAAUUAUGAUGAAAUCGUAAAUUAAGUAUACAUGACAUAAAAUAUCUAUUUGAGCAACUGAAGAACACAAGUAAAAGGACAAAACUAUUCUUGUACCUACUUCAUUUAUUACAGCUUUGAUACAGGUUAUAUACAAGUAUGGUAUAGAUGUAUAGUUACAUGUAAAUUAGAAAGACAACUUUUAUACUGCAGCAUUCCAUCAUCAUUAUACACUGUAUAAUGAAACAUUUGACUAUUUUUAUUCUGUUGUGUGUGGAUAAGUGUGCUUUUUAUGGCAUAUAUAGCCUUUCUUUUAAUGGUGUAUAGGGGUCGGAGGUCAUGUAAGGUCAGGGGUCAUUUUAUGCUGAAUUUAUAUUGUGAUGCAUGUCCCUUUGCCCUUCUACUAUAUAUUUAUUAUAAUAUAUAAAAUAAGAAAAAGAGUUUGACAAAUCAAUGCAGAAAUCAUAAUUUCCUGAACCAGAUACAGGUCAUGCAAAGUGCAAACACUUCAAUACCGAUAUGUAAACUUACAGUACGGGAUGAUUUAUUAAAGCCUGCUUAAUUUGAAUAAAAAGAAUCAUCAAAUUAUGUGUACUCAGUAAUAAAUAAGGAAAAAGGUCAGAGCAUUGAUAUAACAUGUAUUUCAUGUAGAACCAUGUUGUCAUUAUUCGGGAUCAAAGGCAUUUUAUUUUGAAAAUGGAAUUAGUCAUUUUUGGGGGUGCAUUUUGGGUUAUCAUUACAUAUAUGAUAUACGCUUUACAUUUUGCUAUGCAAGGUUGCAAUAUACAUGUACAUGUAUGUAUAGCUGGCCAUACUAGAUCAUUUUUACUAAUGAAUUCAAAUUUAUGGAUGCCUUACGCCAGAAACAAAAUGCCACAUGUAAAUUUAGAUAUGUGAUAUUUCAUACUCAGUGGAUCGAGACCAUCCUCCUUGUAUGCAUACAAAGGUUCUCCAGUAAACAGGUCUUUGAAACUCAAAUCACAAUAAUUUGUGUGAUACGUGUCAGGAAAGAACCUGAAAUAGGGGAAAAGGAUUCGACUGCUCUUGCUGCUGUGUUUCUUCAUCUCUUCAUUUCAUGAUAAGUAAAGGAGAAGUCCACUCUGAUAUUAAGUUGGUUUUAAUGGAAGUAGAAAAAUGAGAGAAACAAAUUAGUGAAAUGUGCUCUGUGCAGAAAAUUUCAUAAACUUUUGUUUUCCUAGAAUGUUGUUGAUGACGGAAUUAAUUUAUUUCAUAUAAGGGUUGUAUAAAAACAUAUUUGAAAUAACUAUAUUUAGGACGAAUGUAUGAUAAAAAAUUUUCUAAGGGAUUUUUUCUAAUUUUCUUACGGGAAUAUAUUUUUAGCGUUUUCAGUAUAGGGCAAAUGGGAGGGGAGCUCGCAAGAUACGUCGCAAAGUUGCCAAUUUCUGUUUGAUCGAUCGCACUUUUAAAAAUUCCUAUUUUUUUAAAAUCAGUUUUUGCUCAAACUUCGCUGACAUGUUUCUCUCAUUUUUUUGCUCUUUUAAAUCAACAAAAUACAAUGUUUUAUCAGGGUGGACUCCAUUUUUUAACUCUUGGAGAUGAUUGCGUGUACCGGUAUUCUUUAUGUGUGAAGUACUUGUACUUGCAAGUCAUUUUCAAAUUUUCAAAUCGUGCAAAUGAUUUUGUCAUUAAAUUGCCAUGUCUAUAGUAGAAU